UGUGUCUGCUGUCAUGUUCCUAGGAAGUUAACGGUCACUGGGGUAAUUUUUAAUUUAAGUCUACACUAGGAUUUAUAUUGUUUCCCAUAGUGUUUUCAGAGGAUCCAACCUGGAGAGCAGCGUGUGAGAGACAACGGGGAGGAGAGGGGGAUGUGUGUAACGCGCCCUCUCUUUCCCUCCUCUUCACACGCGCUGGUGACGGGAGAGGUAGACGGAGUGUUUAUCAUAAGCAGCCCGUGAGAUUCAGCAACGGUCGGUUGUAGUUUCUAAAUGGAAGAUCCAUGUUUUCGUCCCAUUGGAUCGCAGUUAAUCUGAGCCGUGACAGAGAGAGACUGUAAAAAGACGUUACAGAGAGGAGGGACGCACAUCGACAGCCUCGAGUGCGAGGAAGCUUUUUACUCCGGCUCACACUUUGGCCAGCCUGAGCACCACUUCAUUGAGACAUGGGGUGUAGGCUUCCUAAGUUGCGGAAGGCAGAAGAGAGGCGAAGCCCGGGCAAUAUCUACUCUACCCUUCGAAGGCCUCAGGUGGAGACUAAAGUGGGUGUGGCUUACACCUACCACUUCCUGGAUUUCCUGUUGGGGAAAGAAGAGGUGCCAGUGUCAUCGGUGCUUUGUCUCUCCUCGGUCAGAGAGCUACCAGUUCAGGUCAGGGAACUCUACGCUCAGGGCUUUGUCCUGGUCGCCGUCCACCCAUUUGUCCAUCCCUGCGGCCCUCGUCACGCGCACAUCCAACGCCAGCUCCACAGGGCUGUGCUGGUCCGAGAGACGCCCAGUUCAGAGAAGAGCCAACUGAGGUGGGGAAGACAUCGUCUAGAGACAGAUGUGUGUGUGGCAGGUCACCAGGUGGCUGACCCAGAAGUGAUCCAGAGCUAUGUCAAGAGGAUCCAGGAUGUAGCAGAGCAAGGGGUGAUGUUUGUGGGCUUUCUCCAGCAGCCAGGCGGAGGACCCUGUUUCUUGGGGCACUGGGAUCCUGAGGAGCUGUCCUCUUUACAUUCAAGCCCUUCACCCAUUCAUCGACACCCGUUUAGUGCCAACACCAGCCCAACAGAUCCUACAGAACCACAUCAUGAUGACAUAGAAUCUGACCAUAACCACUCUGAACCUCAAGAGUUAGAUCAUGACAGCGCAGAACAUAACCCACAGGACCACAAGCCUUUGGUGCCAAGAGAACCAGACUUCAGUCCUCUGAAACCCAUCCAGAGUACAGAGCUUAACCAACAAGAGUCCAGUGAGCAAAUCCAGACCUUACAGAUCAGCCUCAAAGAGUCACUAGAAUCUACAAACCAACCUCAAGAUCACAGCAAACCCAGGAGAGAUACAGUUCUUGGGUGUCCACAUCAAAGCCCAGCAGAAGCCCAAGGGAACCAGCUGUGUCCCAGCCCUCCUGAAGCUGCAGGUAUAAUCAGACAGCAGAGGGACCAACUACCAGACCUCAAAGAAUCCACAGAGAAACAUUUUAACCUUUCCAACCAGAGAGAUAGACAAAGUUCAAGCUCCGACAGCUGGCUCAGCUCUCCAGAACUGGAUCGAAACCAUGAAAGAAAGUCCAACUCUACCUGUACAGACGGGGAAAGCAGGGUGACGACACACAACAACAACAACCAUAUCCGGCUCAAGAGUUCAGAGAAAGAUGAGAAUUCAACUUCACCACCAGCGCAGGCUAGGAUGCAGCUCUUUGCCUUAUACAAUCACACAGGGGAUCUGAACACUUCUCUGAGGUUCUACUCACUCAGGGUGCCACUGCAAGUACAAAAGGAAGCAGGGCUAGUCACAGAAGUUGACACACACUGGCUUGACCACAUGACACAGCAUUUCACCAGUGGCGCGCAUCUCAUUGACGGGUUCUUCCAUCUUGGAGAUGAUAACGACAAUGGGGUUUCAUCCGUGGAUAGUGUGUUCAUCUUCCAGAGCUCCGCAGAGGAAACCACAAACACUUCCUACGACGCCAUCGUGGUUGAGCAAUGGACCGUUGUUGAUGGUGUUGUGGUGAAAACAGACUACAUCCCCUUGCUCCAGUCUCUGGCUCAGUAUGGAUGGAAGCUGAUGUGUGUGUUACCCACACCAAUUGUCAAGACCAACAGUGACGGGAGUCUGUCGACCAAGCAGAUCCUCUUCCUUCAGAGACCCAUUUUGCAACGCAAGAGAAAAGACUUCAAGAUGCUGAACCUCAGGGGUCGUAGCAAGGCAAAGAAAAAAUCUUCUGGAGAUAUGCAAGAUGAGAGCGAGAACAGGUCCCCUGUGAUGGAGACAGAGAUGGACAGGUUACGAAAAAACACAGAAGAGGCAGAGGGGAGGAAGAGCAGGGACAGGGGAAAGAGCGAAGGAGUGAGCCUUCAGGAAGGCCGUGAGGAGAGUGAAGAGGAUGCACGGCAUCAAAAGGACGUCUCGUUCCUAUCGGGGAGCAAGGCUUCUGUUGAAGAGCAGGAAGAGGAAACCGACAUUGAUGAGAUCCCACUGUCCAAGCAGGAGAAGUUGGUGAGAUGGACAGAUGUGUGUCAGAGAGAUGAUGGAGGGGUCAAGGAAGAGGUGAAGACAGAAGAGAGGAUCAAACAGCAGCUGUUUUCCGGUGUCUGUUGACACAUUGGGCACAAAGCAGGCAUGUGGGAGCUGAGACCUUUUUAGCACUUGGAGGAAGGAAAAAAAAAAAAAAAAAAAAAAAGCCUUUUAAAAUAACAUUUUGUUGAUCUGGAUUUUUAGUUCCUCUGCGGACGAACCAGAUGUAGCCAGUCAUACUGUUACUAGUCAUCAUGUUUUGCUUCAGUCUGCUGUUUACGGCGUAAACACUGAGUUUUUGAGGUUGUAGCUCCCAUAAAUGGGAAAGUAUUGUGCAGUUCUCAUCUUUGGGUCAGUGUUGCUAUUUGAUGUAUCCUUAUAUGAAAUGAAACCGUACCAGGCUAUGGAGUACAACCACCAGUCCAAGCCUUAAGUAUUAUUUUUUUGCCCAUUGUUGUAUUUUACUACUUUCUUGUAAUAGGACUGUUUAAAAAAGGGACAACUGAUUUCACUGGGUUUGCUGUAUUUUUAUAUGUAAAGUAUAUAAUUUAAGAUAGAAACAAGAGGGGGAAAUUUGGUGGGGGGAAAAGUGUGUAGUACACUACAAACGAUAUCGACCGAUAUAUAGUUUAAAAUUCUCUUUUGGGUAUCGGUUAGGCUCUACACUGCAUUGAGAUGUUAGAUGGCACAUUUUACUAGGCCUAAAGUUAAAGGUUCAGUUCAUGUAAAUUACAAAAAAAAAUAAUUCUGUCACUUAACUGUAGUCUUUUGGUCAGGUUUUGAGACUUCCAUCUCUUAGAUUUCUUCACCUUAACACAAUGUAGGUGAAAGGAAUUUUGUUUGUGUUGCUCAUUACAUAAAAAAAAAAAAUCAAAACUAAAACAUUUCUUUCCAGAAGCAAUCUCCCGGAUACCCCACAUAACACACACAACACAUGGACGACUGUUUUCUUGAGGUAUAUUUCUACAGUAGAAAACCGUUCCUAUGGAAACUGAUUACUUCGAGGUCUGUCUGUUAUCCAGAGUAACUGGAACAUUGCUUCUGGAAAGACACUUUUUUGGUAAUUUUUUAAUGCAAUUUUUUCCAAUGCUGGGAGCAUCACAAAUGUCUAUUUACCUCCACUGUAACUGAGUGGUAGCAGACAUUUCAGAGACAAAUCUGGCUGAUUCAAACUAAAAUUUGUCUGUUUGGUUAGAUUCUACAAGAGGCAAGUGAAAAGUGCUUUUUAUAAUUUGGAUGAGCAGACCUUUCAUCAUCAGAAAAUGUGUAAAUUAGAAAUCAACAAUUUAUUAAUUAUUUCUGGGACCACAUCAUGUUGUGUGUAAGCAGUGUGACAUGUAAGUCUUUAUAGAAAAGCGGAGGUCAAUAAAGUGGUGGAA